UGAAGGCAGACGCUUAACGACUGAGCCACCCAGGCGCCCCCAAGCCACUCUCCUUUUAUGUACAAUUGAUGAUGUAGCAUUUUUUUUUUAAUUAUUUAUUUAAGAGAGUGAGUGAGAGAGAGCACACAAGCAGGGGCAGACAGAGAGGGAGAAGCAGACUCCCCUGCUGAGCUGGGAUCAUGACCUGAGCCAAAGGCAGACACUUAACCGACUGAGCCACCCAGGCACCCCGAUAAUGUAGCAUUUAAACCCCUCACCAGGUUCUUGUAGGAUCAGAAAUAACAAGUAAAGUGCCUGGGCUGGUACUCCAUAGGUGGUAGCUGUCACUAUUUUAACAGUGCUCUCUUGCUCACAAAUUUGAAACUCCUUUUUGGUAAUAGAAUCACAAAAUCAUAUGCUGCCAGUUGUGAGGAAAACUCAAAUAUCUGUCUGUGUAUGAUGCUGGCAUCCCUUCUGCAACACUGGUGAUCAGUUGGUUUGUUCUCCAAUGUUAUUUAUAACAUCCAGAGAUAGGAAGCUCACUACUAUCUGAAGCAGCCACCCCAUGUUUGGGCUCUGUAAGAAGGUUCUUUUCUUGAACAGAAUCCCAAUCUGCUUCUUUGUGACCUCUAUCCUGGGGUCUCAGUAGUGCCCCUAAUGCCUCCUCCAUGUGACAGCCUUCAGGUGUUUGGGGCCAUUAUCUUCACCACCACUCAUCUUGAGUUGAAAAGCUUGUUUCUUCAGCUUCAUAACAAUAAAAGGGUCAAUUCAUCAAAAACUACCAACAGUCGGGGCGCCUGGGUGGCUCAGUCGGUUGAGCGUCUGCCUUUGGCUCAGGUCAUGAUCCCGGGGUCCUGGGAUCGAGCCCCGCAUCGGGCUCCCUGCUCCACGGGAAGCCUGCUUCUCCCUCUCCCACUCCCCCUGCUUGUGUUCCCUCUCUCACUGUGUCUCUCUCUGUCAAAUGAAUAAAUAAAAUCUUUAAAAAAAAAAACAGACUCCACACUGACAGCUGAUUAGGUAAUUCCUACACUCAACUGGACUUAACCAUUUGUGGUAUUUGUUAAACUAUCACGUUACAGGCUUUAGUCACACAACUAUUCAAAACAGCCACUGUCAGUAACUACAAGUACAUUCCUACAAGAAGUGUUCAUUUUCCCUGUUAGCAUUCUUUACAAAGCCUCUUUUAGAGACAGAAUAAUAGAAGCCAGGCAAGGAAGAAGAGUGGAAUACUGUGAUUUGCUGUACUUGCAAAUGAAUGGCCAAUAUUUGAAAAGGAGGAGCCUCAACUAGUCUUUUCUAAGCACUGAACUAGAAGAGACAAGGCACACUGUGUUUGUCAUGGCCAUACAACACAAGAAGGCCGCAGAAGACGGGAGCAGUAUAGCACUUGCCCCACUGACUCAGUGCAAGUUGUGUGAAGGCAGCAUGGCGCUCACACUCCGACACUUGUUUCUUUGUGUGGGGCCCUGUGCUGGAUGCACUGGUAAAGAUGACCUCUCUAGGAGGCUGAGGUAUGUGGCCAAGGUGAUCCCACACAGAAAGAGCUACAGAGCCUCAGUGAAAGAUUAUUUGAUAUGCCCCAGAAAUUGUAAGGAUAGUUCUGUGGGCAAAUGAAGCUAACCUUCCUAAAGGAGAAUAAAUGCAGUGUCUAUGAAUGACUACAAUGAAGUCCUCCCAACCUCCUGAAGUAAGACCUUCUCCACGACAGCCAUAGAGAACAAAAAACAGUGAACCUCAAGCCACCUUCUGUGAGAAACGAAUGAGAGAGGCAGAAACACAAAAGUAAAAUAUCGGUGGAGACUAAUAUUUUUCAAGUUUGUUAAAGAAGCCCAUCAAGAAACAGUUAUAAAACUAAGGAUCUUGAAAUAGUUCCCAAAACAAGAAACAGAUAAUGAGAAAGUAUAGAAAAGUUUGUUUCAUGGUGUGCAGCCUUCCACCUUUAGAAGUCAACAAGGAGGAUAAAACAAGUGUUAAAAGGAGAAAGUACUGAUGGAGACAAGUGAGGCAACAGGAGUGUUGAGUGGAAAUUCAGACACCAGUCCUAUCCCAUUACCCAGUGAGGGAACUGAAGUCCAGAGAGGGUCUCGGACUCCUGAGACACAAAUAGGACUCCUUUCACCUAGCAGGGCUCACCCACUGCAGCUGAAGGCUAAGUUCAGCACACACACACACCCUUGAGCUGUUUCUGAGCUGACUUGACAAAGACACUCCAGAAAACUCUUCAUUUCACCACCUAAUACUUCAUCAAGGGAUUCUUUUCUCUGCUGGGGCACUGGCACAUAGUAAUCAGCUCUCUUUCCUGCCCCUCAUUCCCUGAGCUACCUUUUUAAAAAAAUAAGUUCUCUUCAGGCAUUAUCAUUAUUAUUGUUGAGAAAUUAUUCACAUAUCAUAAAGUUCAUCCUUCUAAGAUAUACAAUUCAUUAAUUUCUAGUAUAUUCAUGAGGUUGUACAACUAUCAUCACUAUCUAAUUCCAGACCAUUUUCAUCUCCCCAUAAAGAGACCUAAUACCCCCUUAGCAGAUAUGCCCGAAUGCCCCUCCUCCACACCCCUAGGAACCACCAAUCCACUUUUCUGUCUUUAUGGAUUUCCCUACUCUGGACAUUUCAUAUAAAUGGAAUCAUACAAUAUGUGGUGUUAUGUGUCUGGCUUCUUUCAUUUAGCAUGUUUUUAUGGCUCAUCCAGGUGGUAGUGUGCAUCAGUACUUCAUUCCUUUUUAUGGCUGAAUCCUCUUCUAUCACAGAUAUGCCACAUUGUUCAUCUGUUUCAUCAGUUGAUGGACUUUUGGCUGUUGUGAAUAGCAGUACUAUGAACAUUCAUGUACAAAUUUUCGUGUGCACAUAGGCGUUCAUUUCUCUUGGGUAUAUACCCAGAAUUGCAAUUGCUGGAUCAUACAGUAACUCUCUUUAACCUUUUGAGGAGUUACCAGAAUGUUUUUCAAAGGGCUGUACUGUUUUACAUUCUCAUCAACAGCAUAUGAGGAAUCCAAUUUUGACACAUCCUAACACCUGUUAUUAUCUUUUUUUAUUAUAGCCAUUCUGAUAGGUCUAUAAUGGUAUCUCAUUGUGAUCCUGAUUUUCCUUUCCCUAAUGACUAAUGAUGUUGAGCAUUUUUUCAUGUGCUUGUUGGCCAUGUGUAUAUCUUCUUUAGAAAAAUGUCUAUUCAAAUUCUUUGACUUUUUAAAUUGGGUUGUCUUUUUAUUAUUGAGGUGUAAGAGCCCUUUAUAUAGAUAUUCUGUGAUUACUGGAUCCUUACCAGAUACUAUAUUUGCAAAUAUUUUCUCCCUUUCUCUGUGGGUUUUCUUGAAGUGUCCUUUGAAGCACUCUUGGGCUACUUGUAACAAAUAUUAAAACACCUUAAAACUAAAUUAGGAUUAUGUAAUUGAUGUCUGAAUGAUACAUUUAAAUUUAACAAGCAUUGUAAUUUCACAAGAAAACUAUUGUAUCCAGACCACAUUUUGAGGCUUCCAAAGAGUCUUGAGUUCAUUAUGGGAUCUGUCAUAAUGAUAGCUCUCGCUUUUAUAGCAGCUAUGUGCCAAUCACUGUUUGGGCACUUUGCACGUACUAACUUACUCAGUUUCCACAACAAUCCUAUGAGGUAGAGAUUAAUCGUCAUACUCAUUGUACAAAUAAAAUGGAUGCGGAGGGAGGUUAAGUAAUUUGCCUGAAGCCAGAGAGUAAGUGGCAGAGAUGCGCUCCAGAUUCCGACGCUCUUAACCACCUGAGACUGUCAAGGCGGAAUUAAGCCAUUUCAAAGAAUGCCUGACCCCUCGCUUUGAGGAAAUUACAGUGUUUUCAUGACGUCUGUACUCUGGACAGUUUUCCCUUUGUACUAAGCCAGAAACUAGUGCCACCUUUCCAGUCGUCUUCAUUGCUCUCUUCCUUUCCCGUCGGGCUUCAAGUCCCUCUCUCAUCUCCACCGGUCGGAGGCUUUAGUUUUUGGAAAGACCUGCGAGGUCGCCUGCGUCUCCCAGGCGCAGUUGUUCUAAAUUUCUGACGGCCAAUAGGCGCCGAGGAGCUGCGGUUUCUGCCCAAUGAGGCUCACAGCGGGGCCAUGGGCGGAGCCAGCGAAGGGGGCGGGAACGGAGCCCCUCUCGGUGGUUACUACUGUGUGUGGCGCCGGCUGCCCUGUGCGGAGCCAUGAGCUGGACCUGCCCGCGUUGCCAGCAACCCGUUUUCUUCGCGGAGAAGGUGAGCUCCCUGGGCAAGAACUGGCACCGCUUCUGCCUGAAAUGUGAGCGCUGCCACAGUGUCCUGUCCCCAGGAGGGCAUGCAGAGCACAAUGGGAGGCCGUAUUGCCACAAGCCAUGCUAUGGUGCUCUCUUUGGACCCAGGGGGGUGAACAUUGGUGGUGUGGGCUGCUACCUCUACAACCCUCCCACUCCCACCCCAGCCAGCACCACUCCCCUCAGCCCCAGCAGUUUCAGCCCCCCCAGGCCCAGGACUGGCCUCCCCCAGGGCAAGAAAAGCCCUCCCCACAUGAAGACAUUCACUGGGGAGACUUCACUGUGCCCUGGCUGUGAGGAACCUGUCUAUUUUGCUGAGAAGGUGAUGUCUUUGGGCAGAAAUUGGCACCGACCCUGUCUGAGGUGCCAGCGCUGCCGGAAGACCCUGACUGCUGGGAGUCAUGCUGAGCAUGACGGCGUCCCCUACUGCCACAUCCCCUGCUACGGCUACCUGUUUGGCCCCAAAGGUGUGAACAUUGGUGAUGUGGGCUGCUACAUCUAUGACCCCGUGGAGAUAAAAUCCAAAUGAGAUGCUCACAGGAGAGGUCACUCUAACUCAGGCCUCAUACCAUCCCCUCCAUGAUCCAAUGAGAGCUACAGAAUUCUCCAGUCCCACAGGGGGAAGAUGAUCUUCCAGUGGCCUGGGCCUAGGCUCCAUGGUAGACCAGGGAGUCUAGACUUUGCCGAUUCCUCCCUUUCCUGUUCCAAUCUGGCUAGGGGACAUAGGCCACCACAUUUUAAAGGGUAGCCUCCUGGCCUUCCCAGUCCCUUUCCCUAGCAAAUUCUUUAACUUCAAGUACUUAAAAAAAUGUGUUUAUUCUGGCUUCUCCAAUAAAAUGUUGGCUCCCAUGCCUUCAGCUCUUCUUUGGGCAUGAGGCCUAAACAAUGGGUUGGAGGAUGGGAGGUGUGGGGUGGAGGAUGCAUUACCCUGCAAAGUGCAUGGUAGGUACAGGGCCAGCCAUGGGAACAAAGAGCUCUAUUCUCCUGGUACCCUGGUCCUGGGCAGCUCCCAGUACCACACAGUGGACAGCAUGCCCACCAGCCUUUUGGUGCCACAAGUCAUCACAGGGCAGUCCCUUCUUUAGCACAGUCUCUAGAAGAAGCACGUUAGGGUGCCUGGGUGGCUCAGGCGUUAGGCGUCUGCCUUCGGCUCGGGUCAUGAUCCCAGGGUCCUGGGAUCGAGCCCCGCAUUGGGCUCCCUGCUCAGCGGGAAGCCUGCUUCUCCCUCUGCCACUCCCCCUGCUUGUGUUCCCUCUCUUGCUGUCUCUCUCUCUGUCAAAUAAAUAAAUAA